GCCCUUGGCCAAGCUUUUCCCACAAAUGCUCUUGGAUGAGGGGUGCCAGCACCUCCCUUGACUUCAGGAAAUGAAGCUGCCCCAAACAUUCCCCCUUACGCUUCUCUUCCUCAGUUGCCUAGAAUGCAACCCUCCCAAGAAGGGUAGGGAUAACAGUGAAAAAACAAAAGCUUCUUUCCCUUGGGCUCAGUCUGGACAGUUCUCUACCCGUGACAAGCAUCUGUGCAGCUGGCAACUCAUCCCUGGAGAAAGGGAUACGGAGCUCCAGAUCACUUGUCGUCCAGCGGAAGGAGAGCCACAGAGGUGUAUCUACCGGGGCCAGCCAGAGUUAUGUGCUGCCUACAGUGCCAAAGGCCGUCAGUUCUGGAAGCAGAUCCUGGGAAAACUCCGCCGGAAACACCACCCCUGCCAGGACACCAGCCCUCUCAAAUCCCGGCUUUGUAGCAGCAAGAAGGAGACACCUGAAGCCCAACUACACCUGGUACAAACCACACCGAGCACAGACGUCCCAGUGGCCACUGCAAGUGUCACUCAAGGAAGUCCCAAGGGGAAAAACCAUGACAAAAACCUACUAGCCUCCCAGGGAUCACCACAAGCGCACCAAGAUAGGAUCAUCGCCAAGCCAGCAAAGAACGGUGCCUUGAAGAAGGAAAAGAAAGCGGGGAAGAGAAAAGGAAACCCCAAUUCUCCAGCAGCCCCAACCCGUCCAGCCCAUAGGGAGCCUACAACAGCAGUGGUGGAAGGCACUGUACGGCCCACAGAGCUCAAUGCCGAUGUGGCCGAUGCUUAUUGUGAAGAGAAAUGGCAUUCCUUGUGUAACUUUUUUGUGAAUUUCUGGAAUGGCUGAACUUGCAGGGUAAGAGGAAGGUGGGGAGGAUGGAACUGUACAGAAGAAGACUUGCUUAGUGAUAAAUACGGAAGGGAUGGUUUGAUAUAAGGGCAGAAACAAACAAGAUCAGAUGAAAUGUAAAGAUUGUGGGGCAAUGAUGAAAGAUUCGUUAUUUUGUGCAGUUCUGGGGCUUUAUGUGAUUCAUAAUUUACUACUAAUCUUGAUAAUGAAGACACUAAGGGUGUGUGGAAGCUACAUUUGCAUAGGAUUUGUGCAUUAAUAUACAUCUCCUUCCUCAUCCUAUACUAGAGGGGAUCCAUUUGUAGUACACAGCUCUGCUGCUUCAGAUAAUUUCUUUCUUUACAAUCACUGAGGUGCUAAUCUUUAACUAUAACAAAUUUUAUGGGAUUAUCAGUCACUUAUGGAGCUUUAUUUUGUAUUUUGGAAAUGUCUAACAACUGUAUAAUAAAUGCUAAUGUA